CACUCUCUCUCUCUCUCUCUCUCUCCUUCUCUUUCUCUCUCUCUCUCUCUCUCUCUCUUAAACAGGUCGUUAGUCACGUGUUAUUCCAUUUCAUUAAAAUACAAGAGAAGAGUAUAAUAAAGAAUACAAAUAAGAAUAUAUAUAUAUAUGUAUAUAUAUAUAUAUAAUAUUUCAAACAUAUUUCGAUCGAUGAAAUUUCAACGAAAAUUUCGGAUUAAAGACUGUGUCAAUUUACGACAUAUUCCUUUUAUAAAGAAUUUAGAUUGUACAUUUAAUAAAUGGUGAACUUUGUUUAUCUCGCUUUCGUCAUCGGCGAGAUAUAUUUUUGAAAAAGAAAGAAAAAAGAAAAAAGAAAGAAGAAGAAAAGAAAAGAAAAAAAAAAGAGGGAAGAGUGAAAAGAAAAAAAGUCAAGUGUUAUUAAGAUAAUAUAGAUAUAUUAAAUUUUAUUAUGAUAAUCGAUGAUAAUGUUCCCAAAAUCGUGUAAUUAUUCUUAAUAAUUAUUAAAAAUCUCAAACAGAGCCAAUAAUAAAAGGGGCUCCGUAAUGUGUCCUGGUACGAAUAUUUUCUUUUAUACCAUCUAAAUUUGUCGUUUCAACGGCUUUCACAGCGUUGUGGUGGUAUAUUUGUUGUAUGAAUCUGUUGGGUCAUCGACCUACGAACGAUCUCUCUCAUCGUCGAAUAAUUUUAGAUAACGAUAGUGAAUUAUAUAUUAGAAAAAAAUAUAUUCGCUAUUGGAAAAAAGUUGGAUGAGAGUUUCAAACGAGUCAAUGUUAUUAGGGAAUAACGAUAGAAUGAAUGCGAUGAAGUUUUUAAUUUAAUACAUUUUAACAAGAAAAUACGAAGGAAACUCACGAUUAGAAUAAAAUUUGUAUCAUUAAACGAAAAUAUUGCUGAUAGAUAAAAAUAGAUAUUACGGGGUAAAAAGAAAAAAAAAAAAAAAAAGAAAAAAGAAAAAAGAAAUGUCUAAUUCACCCGUUAUUAAAAAAGUACCACCAAGACCGAAAAUCACUCUACCGAUUCCUGGUCAAUAUGGACGAUAUCCACAAACACCCGCGGGAUAUGCAUCGACACCUUAUAAUCAAACACCCGCACCUAUUACACCUGUGCCUGUAACACCCGUUUCUGGACAACCACAAGUAUUUUAUUCCAACAGAGCUAGCGAAUUUGUAUUUACACAAUUUAAAGGAAUCAAAGACUUUACAAAAUCUGGACUUAGCGUAGGCGAGAGAAGUGUAUUUUGGUUAUACGAGAAGGUUAGCUCCUGGAGUAAACGAUGGUUCACCCACAUAUUUUUAGUAGUUAUUGUAUUUUUGUAUAGUGUAGCCGGGGCAAUGAUUUUCAUUACCAUCGAAGGAACCAACGAGGAUAUAUUUCAUUUGAAUAUACGUCAAGAAAGAAACAAAACGAUCGAAUUGAUCAGGGAACUUUGGGACGACGAAGUAUUGGCCUCGGAUGUGGAACUUUGGAAGGGAGGAGCCCGAAGGGAACUUAUGAAAUAUGAAGAACACCUUUACGAAUUCUACAAACUUGGCGUAAUCGACCGUGGCGAAAAAGUGUGGACAUUUUGGAACGCCGUUUUUUACUGUGGCACCAUUUAUACGACCAUCGAGGCACACACAGUUACGAGAUUUUUCAUCGUUGACGAGUUGUCGACGAUGGAGGAUAGUUACACGGUUCACCGACGUCGCAAGGCAGCGGCAAAGAGACGCGAAAAAACACCGGAACCCUCGUCGAGAAGUCAACUCGUAGAGACAUCCGAGGAUGAGGAAGAGAUUAGGAGAGCGAGGAUGGAGAAGAUGGCUGAGGAUACCGAACGUAUGGAAGAGAUGGAAAAGGAGAGAAAGGUGAAAGGUCAGGAGAAAGAUGGGCGAUUAAACGAGGAACAGGAUCAGAAGGAAGGGACGCAUGAAAGAAAGAAAACUACGAAUGGUAAAAGGAAUACUAUACAACUUGAGGAUGUUGCUCGUCGAGAUAUGAUUUCUUCGCAAGCAACAACAAGCCUUAUUAAUCGUUCACGUGAAAUCGAUAACGAUAACAACGUAGAACGGAAUCUACAACAGGAUAUUAAGGUUCCGAGUAAAAUGGUGGAAGAGGAGGCGGAGGAGGAGGAUAUUGGAAAAAAGGAAACUCUGAGGAUAAGGGAAGAUGAAAGCGAACUUAUCGACACGAGGAAAGUUGAAAAACGAACGAAAAAAAGAUCGAAGGAUCGUACGAUCGAAAGACAUCCUCGGUCAACAGAUUCUAGCGAGGAAAAGAGCGAGACUAGCCCAAGUAGAUUAAAGUCUUCUGAAAUUGUCAGACCAAGAACGAGAAAAUCCACUGGUAGAGCUCGAAUGAACGAGGGUGAUAAGUCCGUUCGUGAGAAACACUCGUUCGAUACGAAAAUUCGCCCUAAGGAUAAACCUGAAAAAAAAUCUUUACAACAACCCCCUGACCCCAAUGAAAGUAUCACAGAGGGAGCGACGAUGAAGAAAAGCGAAAGCUUCCCACCCAGAUCCUUGGAACGACAACCAAUUGUAAAGAGAUCAGCGACAGAUGUUAAAAAACAAGUGAUACCAUUGAGUAACGAUAGUCUAAUAGAGGAUUUUGCAAAAGCACAGCGCGAGUAUUUAUUGAGAGAACGUAGCAUUUUGGAUCCUGAUUUACCAGAGGACUAUCAGGAAGCUAAUGAAAUAAUGGCUAUGAGAAGGCGAAAAAUUGGUAUGAUCCAUAGCGAAAGCGAACAUCAAGAGAUUAUUAAUUUGGUGAAAAAUGAGCCGGUAGAUUCGUUGAAAAGCUCUUGGUACUCUCGAUUCACAUUGUUUUCAUUCUUUAUGAAAAAGAAAAAAACCGAUAGUUCCGAGAUAGAGAAAGAACGUGAGGAUAUGCCGAAAAAUGAAUCAAUCGAAGAAAUAACAAAUUCUGAGAAGGAACAUAUCAAUAUACAAGAAAAAGUUACUUUCUUGGAUUUCCUUCGUGCGCUAAAGGACAUCGCAUCUGAAUUAAAGGCUUUCAUGACUCAAAAUCCAAUAGAAAUGAGGAUAAUAAGAAAAAUGAGAAAUCGUUGUAUAGCCCAAUUAAUUUUGAUCAUGAUAUAUUGCGGUCUUGGUGCUUUUGUUUUUCGAUUUACCGAAGGUGCGUUCGAGACCUUUUACAAAUGCGGCGUAAAGAGAGUAAAGAGAGACUUUUUGGACAGCCUAUGGAAUUAUAGUCACAAUCUUAGAGAGGACGAUUGGAAGAGCCUGGCGCGAAGAAAGUUAAUGGAGUUUGAGGAACAAUUACAUACCGCACAUGAGGCAGGUGUACACACGUAUAGUGGACAAAGAAGUUGGACCUUCUUGAAUGCCGUUGUAUAUUGUCUCACUGUGAUCACUACUAUCGGAUACGGUCAUAUCUCACCGAGCACUACAACCGGAAGAGCCAUCACGAUUGUUUACGCUAUAUUUGGUAUUCCGAUGUUUCUUAUCUUAUUGGCAGACUUUGGCAAAUUAUUUACACGCGGUAUCAAGUUCCUUUGGGCAUUCGUAAGAAGGCUUUAUUACACUGGAAGUUGUCGAAAAGUUCGUGGAACUGUGCCUGUACAGGAAGUUAUGAAAGGCGUCCAACUGGUAUACGAUCUCGCGACGUUUAGAAGACCAUCCCAAAUGAACCCGGAAGAUAUAGAAGAGAUUCAAAAGCAACAAAAUCAACAGGCCGUAUUAAAUAUAGAUGGAAAUGCACCAGACACACCGGGAACACCGGCUAUGUCAACGUUCGCAAUAGAUGAUGAAUUUAAUCUUCCGAUAUCAGUAGCAAUAUUCAUUCUUCUUGGAUAUAUCUUCAUAGGUGCUACGCUUUAUAAUGCGUGGGAGCAAUGGGGUUUCUUCGAGAGUUUCUAUUUUGUUUUCAUUUCAAUGAGCACUAUCGGUUUCGGCGAUUACGUGCCAAAGAUGCAUCCCAUGUAUAUGAUGUGUUCGAUAAUAUACCUGGUAUUUGGUCUGGCUCUAACUUCGAUGUGCAUCAACGUAGUACAGGUGAUGCUGUCGGAUUCAUUCAAACAGGCAAGCCAAAAAAUUGGUGCCACGAUCGGCUUUGAAAUCGCGGAUGACGAUGGAUCGGUAAAACCUGCUCCACCACCACCAGUUGAAGUGGCAGACAUUCAUACAUCUAUAAAAGAUUCUGAAAGUGUUGAAAAGAUAGCACCUAAAGCAAAACAAGAGGAUGUAGAUCUAUAAGUUAUAAAAAUACUUGUAGAUAUGAUUAUUGGAAAAAAACAUUUAAUUGAUCUUACGUUCUUUUAAAAGAGCUUUAAGUGCGUAUUCCAAUUUUGAAAAAUUAUAAUCCUCUGCUUGCUUGAUCAGAUGGACUUUCGGCUUUUAUUAUCACAACAAAUAUGUAUAUGUAUUAUGUGUGCAUGCAUAUAUAUAUAUAUAUAUAUAUAUAUAUAUAUGCAUGCGUGAUAAAGGGAUAUUUAUAUAUGAAACAGAAAGAUACAUUCGCUUUCUUGUUUGAAAUAAUCCACUUUUUUAUCGAGUAAAAAAAGUGAGAGAGAGAAAGAAAGAGAGAGAGAGAGAAAAAAAAGAAAUGAAAAACACUUCUGCACAAUGAGAGCGGCCUUAUCGUUGUCGUCGUCGUCGUCGUCGUUCUUUCGCUUAAUUAAUUUAUAAGAAAAAAAAGGUCAGAAGGACUUAUCCUUUGGGAUAUCCUUCGAACAAUCGCGAACGUAUAUGUAGACCGCUUUACGCUGUCACAUUUAUUCAUUUCAAAAUUGAUAAAAAAAUCGAUGUAUCAUUGAAAAGAUUGUCAU